AUGGGCCUGAGGUUAAAACCCACCUCCAAAAUAACAGGAGAAGCUCCACCAGGAAAUACAUCACUGGGAGAACGUACUACAUAUGGAGAUCAGUGUGGUGGCUUCCUCUCAAAUCCAUCUGGGUCGCUUUCUAGCCCGUAUUACCCUGGAAAUGGUCUCAUCACACAGUGUGUCUGGCAAAUACAAAUAGAAUACAAUCGCAUAGCACUUGUCUUCUCUUAUGUUAGUUUGAACUGCUUUCAGGAGUUUAUUGAAAUCUAUGAUGGACCCCUGUAUGCAUCCCCCUUACUUGGGAAAAUCUGUAAUGGGUCAAAUCUCAGCUAUGUAUCAUCUUCAAACACACUGACAGUUCUAUUACACAGAGACUCUUAUAACUCAGGAUAUGGGUUUUCUGCUUAUUAUAACUCUAUGUUCCCAGCUCCACCAGGAAAUACAACACAGGGAGACAGUACUACAUAUGGAGAUCAGUGUGGUGGCUUCCUCUCAAAUCCAUCUGGGUCACUUUCUAGCCCGUAUUACCCUGGAAACGGUCUCAUCACACAGUGUGUCUGGCAAAUACAAAUAGAAUACAAUCGCAUAGCACUUGUCUUCUCUUAUGUUAGUUUGAACUGCUUUCAGGAGUUUAUUGAAAUCUAUGAUGGACCCCUGUAUGCAUCCCCCUUACUUGGGAAAAUCUGUAAUGGGUCAAAUCUCAGCUAUGUAUCAUCUUCAAACACACUGACAGUUCUAUUACACAGAGACUCUUAUAACUCAGGAUAUGGGUUUUCUGCUUAUUAUAACUCUAUGUUCUCAGCAAUAAAUGGCUCGUGUGGUGGCUACCUUUCCACAGCUGCUGGAUCAUUCUCUAGUCCAUUCUUUCCUGAAAACUAUCCAGUGAAUGUAAAAUGCAUCUGGAGAAUAGAAGUCAAGAACAAUUAUUAUAUCAGACUCAUCUUUAAGCAUCUUGAGCUAGAAGCUUCAUAUAAUUGUGCUUAUGACUUUGUUGAAGUCUAUGAUGGUCCUCUCAAUACAUCUCCUUUACUUGGGAGGAUUUGUGAUGGUUCAAAUUACACAUUUACAUCAUCUUCAAAUACAAUGACUGUUCUGUUUUCAAGUGACUUUAGUUAUACAAGAAGUGGAUUCAGUGCUUACUAUGAUUCGUUUCCAGAAAAGAACAAUGAUACAGCACUGUCAUGUUCUGGACAAUAUAUGCGUGCAGUCAUUAACAGAACCUAUCUGCAGUCAUUGGGCUACAAUGCUUGGGAUGUUUAUCUGAAUGACUCAUCCUGUGGGCCACAACAGAUCACGGAAACCUAUGUUAUAUUCAACAUACCUUUUAAUGGAUGUGGUACAAUAAGACAGGUGAAAAAUAACACUAUCACCUAUUCCAAUGUAAUCAGAACAUCUCCUUCUGGUUAUAUUAUCACAAGGGAAAAUGACUUUCAGUUUCACGUUACCUGCAAAAUGAACCAGGACACAAUGGUAGAAAUAAUGUACGUUGCCAAAGGUGCUAUUGACAUACGUGAAACCCAGCAUGGCAGAUAUGACGUGAAUAUUUCAUUUUAUGAAUCAUCAAAUUUCUCAAAUCCAGUUUACAAUUCCCCAUACUAUGUUGACUUAAACCAGGAUUUAUUCCUUCAAGCCACUCUCUACAGUUCCGAUUCCAACCUGGUGCUGUUUGCAGACACAUGCAUGGCAUCUCCAUAUUCUGAUGACUUCACAAACCUGACUUAUGGUUUAAUCAGGAAUGGAUGUGUAAGAGAUUCCACCUACAGCUCAUACUAUUCACCAAUGGGAUACAUUGUUCGUUUCAAAUUCAAUGCCUUCAAGUUUCUCAACAGACAUGCUGCCAUUUACUUGCAGUGCAAGAUAGUUGUAUGCAGGGCAUAUGAUUAUUCUUCUCGAUGCUAUCAGGGAUGUUUAGCGAGGCGCAAGAGGGAUACAAGUCCUUACCAGGAAAAAAUAGAUGUUGUUGUGGGGCCAGUCCAGCGUAAAAAAGAAACCAAUGAGGACAAAAAAUCUGAUCCACACAAGAGAGAGUUUCUGGAAAAAGACGACGUACACAGCCCAUUUGUUCUUGUCACUCUGCUCUUGGCAGGAGUUGUUUUGGUUCUCACUGGGGCCCUUUUGAGAAGUAAACUGAGGAGAAGCACUGAGUAUCAAGUGCUAUGA